UUGGAAGUGUCAUCUGAGGUGGCCGUGGGACAUCUGAGUAAGUGACUGUGUGAGACUGAGCUCCAGUGAGAGGUUGAGAGUGUGGAGGGGGUGGAAAUGGAACCCCUGGAAGUGGGUAAAGAGCCAUGGAAGUUUGGUUCAUUUAAGGGAGAGGCCAGAGAAGUGGGAGGAAAACCAGGACAGUAUUAAUCUCUGAAGCCAAAGGAAGAGAGCAUUGCAAGGAGGGAGUGGUGGUGAAUAGUGGAGUGCCCUGAGUGGCCUAAGUGUCCUGGAUUUUCACUUUAGACUGGGUGGUAUGGUGAAAAGAGUAUGAACUUUAAGUCCUGGCCAGUGGCUUCAAUCCCUGUGACAUAGGACACAUUUGUAAUUUCUGUGAGCUCCAGUUUAAUCUGUAAAACGAGUUUAAAAUACCUAGCUCAUAAGAUGCUAUGAGAUUUUGAGGUGGUGUCUAUAGAUGCCUUGCCCAGUGCUACUCUGGGAGUAGAGUUGAGGGUGGGUUGGCAUAGUUGAGGUUGGAGACUGCUGCAGAGGUCAUUAGGAUGGAUCAGUGGAGGCCAGACUGGGAAGACUGAGGGCUUGGUCAGUGGGACUUGGUCAUGAAGCAGCAGGCUGAUGAGUUUUAUGUGUCUCUGAGGUUUCCAGCCUGGAUUCCUGGAGUAUCCCAGUGUGGACUGGAGAAGAGGCAAGUGCGUGAAGAACUGUUGACCAGGUUUCCAUUUUGGACAUGUUGAAUUUGAGAUGCCUGUGGGCCAUUUGAGGGAAAACAAGGAGACGUUAGCAGAGUCCGGGGAGAGGCUGACCUGGGCUGGUGAUGUGGGCGUAACUAGCAUGUGUGUGAAGCCUGGGUAUGGGUGAGGUUACUCUGAAAGGAGAUAAGAGGAGCAGUCCUAUGUGAAGGGCAGGCCAAGGAGGAGAAGGAGAGAGAAACCAGAAGCUGCGAGGAGAGGCACUCAGCCGUAUGGCAUGUACCAGAGAGGCCAAGUAAGAUAAGGACAGAGACAGGAAUGGGGUCCUGGGGUACAGCAGGUGCUUGGUGAGCCCUCAGAGGCUGUGUUAGUGGAGGAAAUUUAGCUGGAUAGCAAACCAGGGGGGGCCUGCGGAGGGACUGGCACAGAGCAAGUGGAGUUGGUGUAGCAUCAGGCUGGAAAGAUGGACGCUUUGGAGCCUGUUGCCUGGCAGAAGAGGAGAUGCCAGUUGGAACGAGAGGCCCAGUGUGUGAAGAAACGGGGCUCAUUAAUGCCACAAAGUCUUGGGAGAGACUAGAGACACAGAACUCAUAGGAAUAUUGGUUGGCAGAACAGCAGGACACCUCUUGGGGAGAGGGAGUUGAUGUGGAUACAGACUUGCUGAAAUAUGCACACCUUACUUGGUUUUACCUGUUGUCUUAUCAGACUACCCUUUGGUACUUCAGAAGUUAUUGGAUCGUGGUUGUAAACUUCAGUUUUUAAUGACCUGACUUAGUUCCCCCCACCCUCUGCCUCCAACAGUCUUAGGAGGAAUUCCGGUUAUAACUGGCUCCUUUGGUGGAAUUUGAGAUGCACUCUCUUCUCUGUUAAGCAAAUACCGCAGAUUACAAACAUUUCAGUUUCAGGUAUGAAGAAAACAUGAAGCACCACCAGUUACAUCCAGUGAUCAAGGCUUUCCUGUGUGGCUCCAUCAGUGGGACCUGUUCUACCCUCCUUUUCCAACCUCUGGAUCUCCUUAAAACACGCCUGCAAACCCUCCAGCCCUCAGAUCAUGGGACUAGACGUGUUGGGAUGUUAGCUGUACUCUUGAAGGUGGUUCGCACGGAGAGUCUUUUGGGCCUUUGGAAAGGGAUGUCCGCUUCCAUUGUGAGAUGUGUCCCUGGCGUUGGAAUCUACUUUGGCACUCUCUACUCUUUGAAGCAGUAUUUCUUGCGAGGCCAUCCCCCAACCGCCCUGGAGUCGAUCAUGCUGGGGGUGGGCUCUCGCUCUGUUGCAGGGGUCUGUAUGUCACCUAUCACGGUAAUCAAGACACGCUAUGAGAGUGGGAAAUAUGGCUAUGAGAGUAUCUACGCUGCCCUGAGGAGCAUCUAUCGCAGCGAGGGGCACCGGGGCCUCUUCAGUGGCCUGACAGCAACUCUCCUUCGAGAUGCGCCCUUUUCAGGAAUCUACCUGAUGUUUUACAACCAGACCAAAAACAUAGUGCCCCAUGACCAGGUGGAUGCAACCCUUAUUCCUAUUACAAAUUUCAGCUGUGGGAUAUUUGCUGGUAUUCUGGCCUCACUGGUAACUCAACCUGCAGAUGUUAUCAAAACUCAUAUGCAGCUUUACCCACUGAAGUUUCAAUGGAUUGGUCAAGCAGUGACACUUAUUUUCAAAGACUAUGGACUACGUGGCUUCUUCCAAGGGGGCAUCCCCCGAGCCCUCCGCAGAACUCUAAUGGCAGCAAUGGCGUGGACGGUGUAUGAAGAGAUGAUGGCCAAGAUGGGCCUGAAGUCCUGACCAAGAGAGGACUGGGAAAGGGUGAAAUCUAUUGCCCUGCUUGGUUUCUGCCAAGGGCUGCUGCUGCUUACUAUUCUGCAGUAAGAUGAAGUCCUACCUGGAAAGCCAGGCAGAAAUUGUGUUGCCUUUGCUUCGGUAAUCCCUUUAAGGAGAAAAUAUAUGGACCUGAUUUGAGCCUUCAGAAUCUCCAAAAGAGAUGUCACCAAUACACAGAGCACACUGGGGUGUUAGGAGAGAGCUCUGCAUACCCUGAGAGGCUGCUUGGAAAGGCAUUUUCCCAGGAGAGCUCUGUCAGGUGGCUGCACUUCAGCCCCACACCUACACCACAGUGUCUCCUUGGGCAUGUUCUUGGGCAAGGAAUCGCAAAGCCAGAGAAGCUGUAAGCUGCCUGCCGGGCCUGAGGAGCUCCAGCCAGGGAAGACUGGAUGUGAGGAGACGAGUCACUGUCACCAGGUCACAGAAUGACUGAGGUGAUGGUAGGAUGAGAGGAACAGAUACCCUUCUUUCAUUGGUUCUCAAUCAACUUCUCAGAGGCUCUGGAGAAUGGGACAGUGGCUUUCUAGCCUCUGAAUGUCCAGAUUAAAUGUUUUGGUCUUGGCCCCUGUACUGUUUUACCUCUAAAUUCUGGCAUUUUUUUUUCCUUUAAUUAAAGUGUUUUACUUUAUUUAUUGAAUUUUAUCAUUGAAAGCUGUUUGGAAAACCUAAAAGGUGUUGUCACAGUUCUUUUUUCUUUACCUGUGCCUUGUAAAAAUGGACUGAACCCUUUUCUAAAAUAAAAUAGUUCUAGGGUG